CACAAACUCGCUGUAUAUUCUUUUUCCUGAGCACCUAAAUUUAGAGCAAGGUGGCUGAACGCAUAGUGGAAGAGCUGAAGCUCUGAAAGAGUUAAACGGUUUUCCCAUGUACGGAGCAGCUGGCAGGGGGUUAGUUAGGUUGCUGCUGCCCAGAGCUUGUGGACGCGGCGACGGCGGCAUACAGCAGCGAAACAAACCCGUGGAACUUAACAGCAUAGCUGCUACUACUAUACGGCACAUCAGAAUGUCGGAGCGAAUGAGCAUCUCUGGAUUUGACAGCGCUCAGUGCUACUACCACUGAGGGUGUGUGUGAGAGGGCUGCUUUCCUGCGUGUGUGGAUAUUGUCUUCAUGGACGGACAACGGGGCUUUUACGAGAUGGAGAACCCGACAGAGAACCCCAGUAAGGCGACGGAGUAUCUAAAGGAGCUUAACAAGAUCAUCGAAACCCAGCAGGGGCUGCUGGAAAAGCAGAGAGUCCGAAUUGAAGAGCUGGAACUCCAGGUGACGGAUCUUUGUAAGGAAAACGCCUGUCUGCAAGAUCAGCACCAGCGGCACCUGGCCACCUGCAGACUCCAGCAGGGGAACUACUCCGCCCUGGGAGCCAUCGAGGAGAAUGUCAUGCAGGAAAAGCGACAUGCCUCAUUGCCCGUAGAAGUCUCAGAGAUCCCUCUAAACCUAAUUGCCCCUCCAUGUAGAAGAAGUUACCCCUGUCGCAAAUGGAAGUCUGCAUCUUUUGGGUAAAUCGAAGGGUUCUUUUUAUUGAAGUCACCUUUUCUUCAUCAGACCACAAUUUCCAAAGCCCAUUUUUUGAUAGAAUAUCUCAUUACACCAGUUUCUGUCCUGGUGCUACUUUACAGUAUCACUCUGUUUAUCAGCCUGUUAAAACAUCUAAUCUCUGAUCUCGCCAUUCCCCAUGCUGCUGUUGAGUGGUUCUUUGUUUGUCAGUUUUUUCCUUUUGCUCACAAAGACUUCCAUUGCCCUCUGUGCUUAGGCUGGUAGGUGGCCUCCUCAUCCUUCAAAUCCAAUCUGAUAGAAAAUGAACAUCCCAACCUGUUACCACCACAGAAUGGAAUUAGAAGCACAGUAGGGGAUCCAGCUACUUUCUGGAAUAGAGCCGGAAGAAUAGACCCCUGUGAUGUCAUAUUUUUCCCUUCAAUCCCUCCAUUAUUCAUUGUUGCUUCUCAAGUAAACGAGUGACAAGCUUUGAUGCACUGUAGGUUAUUUUGGGCAGCAUGUAUACAAUACAGAGUAAUGCCCUCCCUGGCUAUCCAUUGCAGUCCUCCUCUCUCUGGAUAUAAGACACCACCCAGGUUGAUGCAUUAGUGCAAACUACAGUUAGAGUCCUCUUGGAGUCACAAGGAGGCAGCCCUUUCAUUCUUGAGGGAGAAUUUCAACACCUCUGAUGGGAACUCAUGAGUAUUCCCACACCCGCUUUACAUCUCUAGCCCCUCUCCAGGAGUUUGCUUCCACUGUCAGUGCCGUAAGUGGGGGUGAGUCCAACUACUGUUUAUUUGGUUGAUACUGCUCCACCUCCUGCACUAACUCUGGCUCCUUCCCUGCUAGAGAGGUGACAUUCCCUGUUCCUAGAAUAGAUGGCACACCCAGGUCUCUGCCCUUGACUGCCACCUGGCUUGCAUCUCAACCAACCCUGAUUCAUUUUCCUGCGGGUGGGGGACACACCUGCAAACUACUCUCCCAGGUCUGGCUUCAAAAUGAGGCCUCAGUUUCCCUGGUCCAGGCAAGGUGACUUGUUCCCUCCAAAAAAAGCAUUCGUCGGGGUGGUAUGAAUUGCUUUUGGUUUAGUCCUCUCCUGGGGCCAGUUUACCUUGGGAAACUGUUGAAUGUGUUUAUUUUAAUCUUUGAAGCUGUAUAUGUUUGGUUCUGUAAACAUGUCUGGAAUGGUUAACUCUAUUCUACUGUUAGUGGAUGUGCUGUUUAGACUCACUGAUGUACAGGUGUGCUCCUCCUCAGUAAUGUUUGCCAAAGUGGUCCUUGGAUAAACUAGGCUCUCAGUAUAUUGCCAGGCUUGAAAAACACACACACACAAACAACAACAACAACAACAAAACUCAUAACUCUGCAGAAAUUCCAGCCACAUUUAGAAAGACAAUAUGUUAAUUUUUUUACAUUAUCUUCUUUUCUAUCUGAUCUUGUGUUCUUUUUUGGAUCUUUUUGGUUUUUAAUAAUCCAAAAACUGCAGGCUUUCAAACCAUACUAUUAUAUGAUGUCUUCAGCCUUCAUAUUUGUUGAUAUGGUCUGCGCUCAGUGAUGCGAGGUCCAGAUUACCUCCAGUUUGUGCUUCAUUGAAUGGUGUGAAUGCUGUGAAUCAAACUGAUUGGGUUAUCCACCUCUGUGGGGGGUUUCAUCCAUGUUCACCCUUUUUAUGAUGCACACUGGUGAACCUGUCGUGCUGUUAUGUUUCUCCUUGUACUUGAAAUAUGUUUCCUUCAAGCACAGAUCCAGCAAAGAGCACACCUGGUGUGGGCUAAGUUUCAUUUUGAUCUUUCCUGAUUAGCUCUCCUCUGCACUGCUGAUUUCAUCAGCACAACUGAACUGAACAAAGUCAUGUCAUGUCUGACUACAUCAGGUAUGUUUAUACUUGUUUAAAAAGCCUGCCAUCAAAUGAGGAGCUCAGCAUGAUGGAUUGUUCAAAUGGGCAUAAUGGUUCACACUUUAAGACAUUUAGAAUCUUAGAGCUUCAGAGAAGAGUUCAAAUACUGCAUACUUUCUCACCUCUAUAUACAUGGCCACCUGUUGAGUAGCUAUACCUGUUAAAUUGUCGUUUCAGAGUUGACACUGUCUCAUGUGACAUCACUUCACUUCCUCUUUCAUCACCACAUUCUCAGAAAGUUAGAAAUAUUGUUGAGGUGAACACCAGCAGUUAGGCCCAAUCCAAAUGACCCAAAUACAAUUAGACCCAACAAACAGGCCCUAAAAGAGUGAAUAAUAAUAAUAAUAAUAACGAUGUCUCAAGAAUUAAUUCCAAAAAUAACUGGUUAAAAAUAAAUAACUUGUUAGAAAUAUAAAUUUCACUUCCUUCAACAGUUGUAAAACUCUUGAGCAACAAGGGUGAUAGACUGAAAUAAUUAUUUGCUAACACUGAAUUUUUUGACAUAGGCCACUGAUUUCUGAAAAUAUUUUUUCUCACUGGUUAUUUCAUACUUGUAGAUUUAAAGUAAUAUAUACCUGUGACUUGUGGUAGUAAAACAAACCGCACCCAAUCUGAUUAGUCUAAAUUCUAUUUGUAUAAUUUGGCCACAGUCAGAUAUAAGUGGGUGACAUACAAAGAACUUGUUUGACAAAUAACUUAUGCAGUGAAGCCCUUCCUCAGUUUGUGAAGUUCUCUGUCUGACAGGUUUGUUUGCCAUGUGCUCUUGUUAACCAGGUGCAUCUGACUGUGGCUGUCCCACUUAUAUCUGUAUCUCUAUUUCUCUAUGUCUGUAGUGUUCUUGGCUUAGGAAAGCCAAAAUGCUAAUUUGUCUAUAUUUGCUCUUGGCUUGUGGACUAAGCUGUGCAUGUUUAAUGAAGUCUGGCCACCUCUGUGGUGUUGUCGACGGAAGUUGGCGGCAACCUUUAAUGCAGUUGUUGGUCUUUUACCUCUAGGACAUAGAUAAUGCAAUUAAAUCGUCUCAUGUGUAUUGUGCAGUUGUCCUUUGGUCCUCUGCAAAAAUGUCUUGAAGAGUUAAUGUGAUGAGAAAGGCAGAUUUAGGUGCUUAUUGUUUUCCGGUCUACAUGGGUUUGUGUUUCCACUAUAUGUGCAUACCAGAUCUGAGAUGUAUUUUAUAAGAUGCUAAAUGUGCAUAGUGUUGGUAAGUAACCCAUUUGAUUAUCAUACUAAAGAUAUUUAGUUUAGGUUUUUGCAGCUGUUUCAGGCUAUGACAUUUGAAUGACUUACAAGCAAAGGUCUUGAAAGUGUGCUGUCAGUUUCUGGCUUUACCAGGAUAAAGUAAGAAAGAAUCAGCAGUUUUUUCACCUUGUCUCUUGGGGCUUUUCUAUGUAUCUGUUUUGACACAGAAAUCCUCUUGUCAGUUGGAAGCCACUUAAUUCCAUCCACAGACUGCCUGAUGCAACAAAAUAUAAAUUUGGCCCUGGCUCACAUUGUUAUUAUUUUGUGCUCAGAUGCAUAGUGAGUGGCUGGUUUACCCAGUCUACGAUACCCUUGACAAAUGUCUGCACUGCUUUUCCUCUGAAGUGGGAGGGGAGUAGUAGUGUGUGCAUGUGUGAUCAGCAUGCAGGCUGUGUCAGGGCAAAGUUAGCCUCACACCACUCAGUCGACUAUGCCUUCACACUUUGAUGUUGCCUGACACACUUUGAUGUUGCCUGGCUCACUGAUGUAUCUGUCCCCUAACAAAUUGUAGCCCAACAUCAUUAAACUUGUCAGUGGUUCAUGUUUCCAUUCUGUACUUUCUCUAUCUGUGUUGCACCAACAGUUGUUACCCAUGUAUGUAAAAAGCUCAUCAUUGCCAGCCUGCUCUGAGAUUGAAGUUGUUCACCAUAAUAAAGUAUGACUUGAGAUGUG